UGCACGGUAAUGCCGACCACUGCUAGGCCGGCCGUUCGUGUAAAGUUGAGCUCUGUUCUUGCAACAGAAACGGGUUUCUCUCACCCAAAGAUUCUCUUCUUCUUUUACGUGAGAGCAAAUUUACACCAACUCGUGUUGUUUGAUGACCUGGAUGAGUACAUCGAUGAAGGACUAUAAUGCGAUCAGCCUCCUUCAGGAAAAUGAUGGAAACAAGCAAUGCCAAUGAACAAACCUUGAAAACUGAUGGAUCAGAAACAAGAUCCUCUUUGAUUCAAGAUUGGAGAACCAAACCAAAUGAAUUCGGUUGUGGACACAGGCACACAGCAACGAUCUUCGUCCCUGGUCCCGCAACAAUCUGAGGUUGAAUUGGGGAAGAACAGACGUCGCAGCACUGAAUUGGGGGAAGAACCACGGGAAAACCAGGCCGCCGCGGGGUAUCCAACGGACCCGCCAGCGCGGCUUUCCCGGGUUUUUCCUGUUGUGUUUGUUUCUUGGCUGUAACAUUUUAGCUGGCUUGCAUGUAUUGGCAUGGUGGUCUGGUAUGUGCAGGUCCCAACUGCCCUUUCAAGAGAAGCUUGGCUGGCUGGCCGUAUUGUAAGGAAUGCCGUUUCUUGAUGCUGGGUUGUUCUAUUUUGCUGCCAUAAAUUUGGACGUUCAAUCAACUAAAUAUAGUUACGGUCCGUCAAUUCCUAGCCUGCGUGUUACUACCAAACUGCUUGGAUUUUUUUUAGAAAAUAGAAAUAGUUCUGACCUAUGCGACGGCAUGUAGGCUGAUUACAAAAUAAAAUGGAAUGAGCACACAAUCUAAAAGGUAAACUCAAAGGCAAAUUCUACUAUUACUUCUCCAUCCCUUGUCGGCGAAAAUAUCCAAAGACACUGUCGGGUGAUGCUGAUUAGCGCGCGCUAGGAUGCUUCCUGACCAAUGAUUUCCAACAAUACUAUUUAUGGCAUACGAUACGGAGGAAAGCGGCGAGACCAUCCAGAAAGAGGUCACACCAUCGAUGGAGGUAGAGGUGGAUCAAGCACCAUUUGAAAAGGUGGUUGAGCUCACAACCGAGGGUGAAUCGCAGAAGCCGGGCGGUGAUAGCACCCUAGCUGUUGAUGCAGAGUCGUCGUCCCCAGAAGGGCUCUCCCUGAAUUAUGAGGAAGCAAGAGCUCUCCUUGGAAGACUAGAAUUUCAGAAAGGAAAUGUGGAAGUUGCCCUCCGCGUGUUUGAUGGAAUAGACCUUCAAGCUGCCAUUCAGCAGUUCCAGCCAUCGCUUUCUGAUAAGACACCAUCGAAGAAAGGGAGGACAAAAUCAGAACUACCCAGUUCCGUGCCGCAAAAUAAUCCUGCUAGCCUUGUUCUGGAAGCCAUUUACUUGAAAUCACUGUCCCUUCAAAAGCUAGGGAAAUCGAUAGAAGCCGCCAACCAAUGCCAAAGCGUACUUGAUUCUGUUGAAAGUAUGUUCCAAAAUGGUACUCCGGAUAUCGAACCAAAAUUACAGGAAACUGUUAAUAAGUCUGUGGAACUUCUUCCGGAAGCCUGGAAAUAUGCAGGCUCCUACCAGGAAGCAUUAGCUUCUUACCGGCGAGCUCUUCUUAGUCCAUGGAAUCUUGAUGACGAAUGUCGCAGCAGGGUUCAAAAGAGAUUUGUCGCUUUUCUGUUGUAUGUCAAUGUAGAUUGGAGCCCUCCCAGCAUGGCCCAGCAAAUUGAAGGUACUUUUGUUCCAAAGAAUAAUGUGGAAGAGGCGAUUUUACUUUUGAUGAUAGUACUGGGGAAUUGGUACCAAGGCAAGACCCAUUGGGAUCCUUCUGUGAUGGAACAUUUUACCUACGCCCUGUCGCUUUGUCGUGAACCCUUGGUUCUUGCAAAGCAACUUGAAGAGGUUUUACCUGGAAUAUAUCCUCGUACCGAGAGGUGGUGCACACUAGCACUUUGCUACCAUGCUGCUGGGCAGAAAGAUACUGCUCUAAAUUUUUUGAGGAAGUCUUUAAAUAAGCUUGAGAAUCCAAAUGAUAUUCUUGCCUUGUCAUUAGCUGCUAAGAUAUGUAGUAAGGAGUGUCAUCUUGCUUCAGAGGGUGUCGAAUAUGCAAGAAGAGUAAUUGCACUUGCUGAAUCACACCAUUUGAAGAGCGUGGGCCUCCAUUUCCUGGGGAGUUGCCUUGGUAAGAAGUCCAAGGUUGUUUCGUCGGAUUACCAAAGAUCUCUAUUGCAGACAGAAACAUUGAAGUCACUUACAGAAUCAAUCACUCUUAACCGCUACAACGCAGACCUAAUAUUUGACAUGGGAGUUGAAUAUGCUGAGCAAAGGAACAUGAACUCUGCACUGAGAUGUGCAAAGGAGUUUAUUGAAGCAACUGGUGGAUCUGUUUCAAAAGGUUGGAGGUUGCUAGCAUUGGUUCUUUCUGCACAACAAAGGUUUUCCGAAGCAGAAGUCGCAAUCGAUGCUGCCUUGGAUGAGACAGCAAAGUGGGAUCAAGGAUCUUUACUAAGGGUAAAGGCUAAGUUGAAGGUUGCUCAGUCAUCACCCAUGGAAGCAGUUGAAGCAUACCGUACUCUUCUUUCUCUAGUUCAAGCCCAAAAGAAUUUCUCAGGAUCCACAAAGGAUACUUCAGAGUUAAUAGAUGGUAGUGUCAGCGAGUUUGAAAUCUGGCAAGGUCUUGCUAAUCUGUAUUCGAGUCUCUCAUACUGGAGAGAUGCUGAGAUAUGUUUGCAGAAGGCAAGAACCCUAAAGUCAUACUCCGCUACAACACUUCAUGCAGAAGGUUACAUGCAUCAAGCGCGCGAGCAUACGAAGGAUGCAUUGGCUGCCUAUGUGAAUGCGUUCUCAACAGAGCUUGAACAUGUGCCAUCCAAGGUGUCCAUUGGUGCACUUCUCGCCAAACAAGGACCUAGGUUUCUGCCUGCGGCAAGGUGCUUCCUCUCAGAUGCCCUAAGAGUCGAGCCCACAAACCGGAUGGCUUGGCUUUACUUGGGAAAAGUUCACUGGUCUGAUGGAAGGAUUACUGAUGCUGCAGACUGCUUCCAAGCAGCAGUGAUGCUUGAGGAAUCGGAUCCCGUGGAAAGUUUGAGUUCACUUUCAUGAUAUGGUCGUGGUCAUGGCAUGAAGCUCCUGCCAUAUUGAUUUAUUCUUCAAUUAUCUUUUCGUGUGAGGUCAAUUCAAAUUUUUAUGCAAGAUGUGGAUUGCAUUUGAUAUUUCACACUUAACC